AUGGUUUUUUCUGAUUUUAUUCGAAUGCGGUCGCCCAAUAAAGCGGCGGUUCAUGGCUUCUUUGAGAGUGUGGCCGAGGGGGUUGCAAAGGGGAAAAGCGGGCCGGCGUACAUGUGCGCUGCGUCUUCGCUCAAUUCUGCCUUUCGCACGUCUACCAGUGGGACAGCCGAUUUUGGUGUCACCCUCGAUGACGAGGACGGCGGUUCUCUCGCAGCAGACUUUGGCACGCACGGGUCUUCUUUCUUCGCCUCUGGUGAGGUGGAAAAUGGAUACAGACAGAAGACGGAAGUCUCCCUUCCACUACCCAGAGAAGCAGAUUUAAAUACGCUACAGAAAACGCAGCAAGAUCACAAUGCAAUGCCAAUAACAACAGAUAAUAUUUUACCGUUUUCACAAAUGGCUUAUACCGAACUCACAGUGAACGCUGCUGUGGACAUUAGUCCAGCUCUUUUGACUUCUUUUCUUUCUUACACGGAGGAGUUGAUCAAAACGGCAGGUACGAAAUCUUCAACGCUUCGAGAAGAGGAAGAAGAGCGUUGCCAUGUAGUUUCCGGAACUAUGGACUUUGUCAAGGUGCGAUUGUUUCCCUUGGAAAACUGUUUUUUGUUUUACACAGGAAAGGAUUUGUUGCAUCAGCCCAACACGUCCUCCGUGGUGCUAUCAUGGUUUUUGCAGCGUCACCACGAACUUGCCGCAACCAUGAUGUCGAUGGGAUUUAGUUUUCUUCUUGCUCUUGAGGAGCAUCGGUUCUCGUGGAAAAAGGCGGCGGAGGUGCCACUGACGGCGUUGCAGUUACUAUCCAACUACGCUCACACAGUGACAUUCCGGGAUGGGGUGAAUGAAUUUGAAACCCUCAGUGCACGCCAACAUCUUU